UUCGAUCCCCUUUCCGUGCGAGGUUCUAAGCUUUUGGAGUGUCACCUUCAUUUUUAAUCAUGUCUGGUCGCGGAAAACAGGGAGGCAAAGCUCGUGCCAAGGCCAAGUCGCGCUCGUCCCGGGCUGGCCUCCAGUUUCCCGUGGGCCGAGUGCACCGCCUGCUGCGCAAAGGUAACUACGCCGAGCGGGUGGGGGCCGGCGCGCCCGUCUACAUGGCGGCCGUGCUCGAGUACCUGACGGCGGAGAUCCUGGAGCUGGCGGGCAACGCCGCCCGAGACAACAAGAAGACGCGCAUCAUCCCUCGUCACCUGCAGCUGGCCAUCCGCAACGACGAGGAGCUGAACAAGCUGCUGGGCAAAGUCACCAUCGCCCAGGGCGGUGUUUUGCCCAACAUCCAGGCCGUUUUAUUACCAAAGAAGACCGAAAGCCACAAAGCCAAAAGCAAGUAAAUUGACAAGCCAAAGACCAAAGGCUCUUUUUAGAGCCACCCAAAUUUUCAAGAAAAGAGCUAGCGCUAUUUUGGUCAGCCCUUUACACGCUUUGGUGGCUCUUAAAGAAGCCUCCUGGGUGAGGGAUGGUGUCAAGCCUCUCAAUUACCUGUUUUUGUUAAGAUUAUAACUCCGUUUUCUUAGGCAACAAAACUGCCUGGGUGUUGGGCAAGGCGCCGCCCUGGGUAAUGGCGACGCCCCCCGAGUAACUUGAGCUGUAUGCCCCCCGGCCUGGCGAUCCAGGCCUGUGACUUAAGGACAUGACCCCCCAAGUCCGGUGUAUUAUGUAAGACUCUAGUGCGCCUGCGCCCAGGUUCUGUAGGCAUGAAUCAGCUUGCUUUACCCUGCACCUGUGGCCGGUCGCCACUAUUGUUCUUUCUCCGUAUAAGCCCGUGCUGUCUCAAAGGCUUGCAGUCGCAUUCUCAGUUCGGCUCGUGUUUUCCCAUUGGGCGUCUCGCCGCCGAAACCUUCCCUCCUUGACCAGCUUGGCGGUGACAAUGCCCGUCUUCUAGUCUCGGGCAACGUUACCUGCCAGCUCUAAGAUUCCCGCGGUUAAGUACUCGAGCACCGCAGCCAGGUACACCCGCGCGCCUGGCCCACCUGCUCGGUGUAGCUGCCUUUGCGCAGCAGGCGGUGCACUCGCCCCAUUGGGAUCUACGGGCCAGUGCCAGAUGAGCAUGAUUUGGCCUUGGUGCGAGAUUUGCCUCUCUGCUUACCGCGUCCUGACAGCACGGCUGAAAAAGCGAUUACAACUUGUUUAACAAGAAGGAUAUGGAAAGAAUAACCAAUUUGGUGUGACUUAUAAGAGCUAACCGGGAGGGGGUGAAAGAAAAUAGUUUGAUUGGCUAAAAGAGGAGCCCGAUCAAAGAGCCAAUAGGAAAUCAGAAAGCAGAGUCCUCGUUUGCAUCCGGUACUACCAGGAAAUGACGGAUUUCGUAGAUACCAAUCGCCGAGAGCCACUAAUUAAAGUCUCUUAUCUGCAUGCCAGGAUUUUUAAAGAGAGGAGGCUUUCCAACAGAGCGCUGUUUUGUUCUGUUUUACAGAGUGGCACUUUUUUUCCCAAUUAAGGGUGGUAAUUGUUUUUCCAAAUUAGAGCUGGAAGGGGAAAUCCUAAGAAGGACCCGAAGGAACUGCGGGAGCCCUCAGCAGGUGCCGUUACUCUCAAUGAAGAGUGCGGGAUACUAAGGCCGAUUAUCCCCUUGCGCCCUAAAUUACCCUCCAAGUCUCGCCCUUUCUGCCUCAUUACAGCCAAACUCCCCUAGAGAAUAUAUACCUCUAAGGCCGCCUCCUGUCUUCUCAAUUUAGUCGCUGCCUGCAGUAUGGCUUCGCCCCACCCUCACUAGCCUUGCCUCCGCGGAAUCUGGUGUAACAGGGUUACAAUAGAAUUGUCUUCCUUCUCUUGACCUCCAGGAGGCGUCCGAUGCCGCCCUGAAACGCUCCCUUGGCUUUCAAAAUUUCCUCCGACUUUCCUUGUCUUGUUCCUAUUUCUCUGCCCAUCCCUAAAUACGUGUGUCCAUUGGGCUCUGCUUCCCUCCCCACCCUUUCCAUUCUUCACUCUUCCCGAAGAGUCUUCACCCCUCCAUGCUUUCAACUAACAUUCAAAUUUGUUUCAGAUCAGAUAAGACAGCAUAGGGACUUGGGCCCGGCAGCCGAAGGAAUGCCAGAUGGCCAGGAGGAACGCCACCAUCCCAUCGCUCCCUACACAAAAAAUGCAGAAGUAGCCGAUUUCAUCUCCUAAUCUCUUCCUUGCAGAUGUGGGAACCACUGUUCCGCAUGCGCAGUUGAUCAAGGUUCGCCCGCUAUACGACCUUCCGGCAGUGGCGGUGCCGAGCAGUCCGCCAUCUUGCCCCACUGCACGGGCGCGAACGCAGUUACGAGGCAACUGCAGCCACGCCCCUCCCUGAAAUGGAAGAUUCCGGAAGCCCGCGGUUUUUCAAAGGCAGCUUAUAGAGGAAGCGAAACAACCCGCUCUCGAAUCAAUUCAGAGGACCUUCUCUUUUUCUGUGCCGAUUCGUUUGGGGUUCGAGCAAAAGCAUAAUAAAAUUUAGUUCUUCCGGGUUUUUCUCUCAGUCUCUCCUUUGAGGUACCCAAGUAGCCCAGCGCUGGUAGCAUUUCGGGGCGACUAGGAAGGGGCCUUUUGUGUGCCUACAUCAGCGAGACAGCGCGGGGAAGAGCCCCGUCGGCCUCAUCCUCAGACGAGCGGCUGCCUGAACCUUUGAUUCGGCCUCGGACUGGCCUCGGUCUCCUAGCUCCCCCGGCUCUCACUCUUCCGGAUCGGUCCACCAGCACUAUUUCCUUAAGGACGCUUGAAGCCGAGCACUCCAUCCAGCUCUCAGCCCCGGAUCCUUGGUCACUGACUCUAUCAUGGGAAACACUCCAGGCGUCCCAAAAGAUUCUCCCCUGGGUUGCAUCCUUGCUAAUUGGAAAAAAUUUAAGUCAGGCAAUCUAAAGAAAAAGAAAUUAGUUUUCUUUUGUAAUGUUUCCUGGCCUCAGUAUCCUCUUGGGGACCAAUACAAAUGGCCUGAGAAUGGUUCUUUAAAUCUUAAUACCGUUCUCCAGCUGGACCUCUUUUGUAAACGCUUCAGCAAAUGUCUGGAAAUUCCCUAUGUUGAGGCUUUUAUGAAACUGUGCCAGGACCCAAAGCUCCGAAAUUCUUGCCAGGCCUACUUGGCCUCACACUGGAAGAAACCUGACUCCGCCGCCCCAGCCGCUUCAAAUUCCGACCCCUUUGACCCUAUUCUUUUAACCCCUCCCAAUCUGUCUCCCGCGGCCCUCCUCGACCCCUUGCCUCCCCGCCAACCUGUCCCGUGUGCUGAGCCUCUCCCAUGUCUCCCUGCUCCUAACCCCUCUGCCCCCUCGACUCAAAACCCUUCUCCCGCAGCUCCAUCCACCGCUAGAACCCAAUCCGGACUUCUUCGGCCUCCUCCCGGAACUCCCCCUUCUUUUCCUCCUCCCCCUCCUCCUGCACAUAGUCUCUCUCCUGCAAAUAGCUGUUUGCAUCGUGAAGAAGUUGCUGACGAAAACGGAGAAAUCGCUCGAGUUCACAAACCUUUUUCCCUCACAGACUUGAACCAAUGCAAGAAGAGAUUUGGAAGCUUCUCAGAGGACCCAGAUAGGUUUCGGGAUGAAUUUGCAAAGCUUAGUUUAACUUUUACCCUGACUUGGCAAGACGUCCUGGCCGUUCUAACCCACUGCUGCACCCUGGAAGAGAAGGCCCUUAUUUGGGGGAAGGCCAGAGAGUAUGCUGAUAGCUUAGUGGCCACUACCCCCCAACAUGAGGUGAUCAGAGUCGCGAGGGAAGCGAUCCCAGACCAAAACUUCCAAUGGGACUACAGGGAUCACCUUGGUCAGAUGAGUGUGGAACAUCUUAUUACCUGUGUAUCAGAGGGCAUGAAGAGGUGCCAAGUUAAGAUGUUAAAUUAUGAAAAAGUUUGGGAGAUCACCCAGGAGAAGGAGGAAAACCCUGCCCUUUUCCUAAACCGGCUUUCAGAAGCCCUUAGAAAGUAUACUAACAUUAACCCUGAGUCAGAAGGUGGAAGAAUUUUAUUGACCCUUCACUUUAGGUUCCAGGCUGCUCCAGAUAUUCAGAGGAAACUUGAAAAAUUAGAACUAAGAUACCAGACUCCACAGUCAAUCUUGGUGGAGGCCUUCAAGGUAUUUAAUAAUCGAGAUCAGGCAGAGGAAGCAAAGAAAUAUAGGAGAUUUAAAAAGGAAACUCAGCCUUUGGCUUCCCUAAUCAGACCGCCACUGCAAGAAUACCCUACACCCAGGAGACCAGCCAAAGAUAACCACCAAGGGUGGUCCAGGGUAGGACCAAACCAAUGUGCUUAUUGCAAAAGGGAAGGACACUGGAAACGAGACUGCCUAAAAAAGAGGAGGCGAGAAAACAGGGAAUGCUUUGAUCACUCCAGGAAGCUGGGGCCGGUGGACAACCCCUCAGACAAGGGGAUGACCUCUGAUUGGCAAGGCCCUAAUGCCGCAGCUCCGACUCUUGGGAACUUGAUCACCAUCACACCUGCAGAGCCUCGGGUCACUCUUGACAUGGCAGGUAGGAAAGCUGAUUUUUUGCUAGAUACUGGAGCUGCCUACUCUGUCCCGACUCCACUGGUUGGCCCCCUCUCCAAUCAUGACUGCACCAUAACAAGGAUAGACGGGAAGCCUGAGGUAAGACAACCUACUUUUCCUCUUACUUGUGAUACUGGAUCUAAAACUGUGAAUCACUCUUUUCUUUAUGUCCAUGAGUGUUCAUUUCCCCUUAUUGGUGGAGACUUAAUAACCAAAUUAGGAGCCUCCAUAUUUCUUCAGGAAGAUGUCCAAGUCUCAGUAGAGCCAGAACAGGGAUUCCAUAUAUUUUCCCUCCAGACUUCCCCCAAACUGGAGCCUUCCACACUUCCGGACGAUAUUAGAGACCAAGUCAAGGCUACUGUGUGGGAUACCAGUACCCCUGGGCGUGCCAUAAAUGCAGAACCUGUGAAAAUAGAAUUGAAACCUGGAGCAGAAUACCCAUGUCAGCAUCAAUACCCCUUAAGAGCUGAGGCCUUGGUGGUCAUUCAACCCCUUCUAGAGAAACUCAUUAAACAUGGAUUAAUUAGACCUUGCCACUCUCCCUGCAAUACCCCGGUCCUCCUGGUAAAGAAGCCCAAUGGAGAAAACCACUUUGUCCAUGAUCUCCGGGCAGUUAAUAAGGUAGUAGUCCCUGUUCACCCAGCAGUCCCCAACCCCUAUACAAUCCUCACUCAGAUUCCUGGGGAGACCCAGUACUAUACUGUACUGAACUUGGAAGAUGCUUUCUUCUGCAUCCCCUUACACCCAGACUCCCAAUAUUUGUUUGCUUUUGAAUGGAAAAAUCCUGAGACUCACAAGGUCACCCAGUACACCUGGACAGUAUUACCCCCAGGGUUCCGGGAUAGCCCCCAUCUCUUUAGAAAUGCCUUUGCUAAGGACCUCAGGGAGCUUAAACUUAAAAAUGGAAUGAUGUUACAGUAUGUAAAUAAUUUACUCAUUGCCAGUACCAACUAUCAAGACUCCCAACAUAAUACUAUAGUGACCCUAAAUUUUUUAGCUGAGCGGGGAUAUAAGGUAUCUCCCUCAAAGGCCCAGAUUUACCUACAAAAGGUCCAAUAUCUAGGGUUUGUCCUCACUCCAGGAGCCCAGUGGCUGGCCCCAGAUCGCAAAAAGGCAAUCACCUCAUUUCCAGUUCCUACCACCAAAAAAGAACUGCGCAGCUUCCUAGGGACGGUGGAGUUUUGCCGGAUCUGGAUCCCAAACUUUGGGCUAAUAGCAAAGCCCUUAUAUGAGGCUUUAAAAGGAAGAGGGGAAAUAACCCUAUCCUGGGACGAAAUUUGUCAGGAGGCAUUUGAAACUCUCAAGACUAAAUCAGACCAAGCCGCUGAACUAAGACUGCCAGACCUGAAGAAGCCAUUCUUCCUUUACGUUCACGAAAAAAAGGGAAUAGCCUUAGGAGUCUUAACUCAAAAGCUAGGGUCGCUCCAACAACCUGUAGCUUACUUCUCUAAACAAUUGGAUUUCGUGGCACAGCGUUGGCACAGUUGUCUAAGAGCGGUGGCUGCCACUGCUAUUUUAGUAAAGGGUGCCUUAAAAUUCACCUUAGGACAAAGGCUUGAAGUUUUCACUCCCCAUCAGGUGCAGAAAGUACUAGAGGUCAAGGGACGCUGUCUAACAAGGACACGGCUCACAAAAUACCAGGCUCUACUCCUAGAUACCCCGAACCUCACUGUAAGGACUUGCCAGACUUUAAAUCCUGAAACCCUUCUACCCGUUACGGAAGAGAGGGACUUAGAGCACACCUGUGUGGAGACUAGACCAGGUUUAUGUUAUAGCAGGCCAGAUUCACAGGAUUAGAAGAUUCAGAGGAAGAAUGUUUCACCGAUGGGAGCAGCUUUAUAGAAUGGUCACCUGGAAAGUGGGACAUGCCAUUUUCAGCCUAGAUAAAGUAAUGGAGACUAGGGCACUUCUAAUACCUUGGCCAGAAGGCAGAACUAAGCCCUAAUCAGGGCACUACAGUUAGGUUAAGACUCAACAUUUACACUGACUCCAAAUAUGGGUUUCUAGUACUGCAUGCCCAUGCAGCCAUCUGGAAAGAGCAAAAGCAUAGCUAAUUUUACUCCUAGAAGCUGUCCAGCUUCCUUCCCAACUUGCAUUUAUAUACUGUAGAGUCCACCAGAGGGAUAAUUUUUCAAUUAGUGAGGACAAUAGUGGACUAGGCAGCUAAACAGGCUGCAUGGUCCUUAAUGCCAGAGUCCUCGCCCUAGCAAUUGGAAUGCCAGACUUUUCCUCUUACCCUAAGUGUACUGCAGAGGGAGAGAAGAAGCCAAGAAAGGGGAAUGUAGCCUAAACGAAUCAGAGUGGCUAAUAGACGG